UGACCGCGCUCCGCCCUCGCAGCCGGAGGACCUGAUGAACAUGCAGCACUGCAACCUCCUGUGCCUGCCCGAGAACUACCAGAUGAAGUACUACUUCUACCACGGCCUCUCCUGGCCCCAGCUUUCCUACAUCGCUGAGGAUGAGAAUGGGAAGAUUGUGGGGUACGUCCUGGCCAAAAUGGAAGAGGACCCAGAUGACGUGCCCCACGGUCACAUCACCUCACUGGCCGUGAAACGUUCCCACCGGCGCCUGGGCCUGGCUCAGAAGCUGAUGGACCAGGCGUCCCGAGCCAUGAUAGAGAACUUCAACGCCAAAUAUGUCUCCCUGCAUGUCAGGAAGAGUAACCGGGCCGCUCUGCACCUCUAUUCCAACACUCUCAACUUCCAGAUCAGCGAAGUGGAGCCUAAAUACUACGCAGAUGGGGAGGACGCCUACGCCAUGAAGCGUGACCUCACUCAGAUGGCCGAUGAGCUGAGGCGGCAUCUGGAGCUGAAGGAGAAGGGCCGGCAUGCGGUGCUGGGCUCCCUCGAGAGCAAGAUGGACAGCAGGGGUGGAGCGCUUCGGGGCCCGGGAGAGGCCUGUGCUGAGGAGAAGGGCCUGGCGGCUGAGGACAGUGGCGGCGACAGCAAAGACCUCAGUGAGGUCAGCGAGACCACAGAGAGCACCGACAUCAAGGACAGCUCAGAGGCCUCAGACUCGGCCUCCUAGAGCCCGAGCACCCCACUCCCUGCCCUGGCCUGUCUUCGCCCCACGGGGUUCCCCAUUAAACUUCACCCAGUGGC